CCCAUGAUGCUCCGCGGUGAAGCGGAGGCAACAGCACAGGAAGUGGCGCGCAACACUUGAAAAACUGUCACACAACAAACUGAGGAGAGAUUCUGAUGCUGCUCCACUCUGUCCAACUCGAAGCUGUUGCGUUAAAGUUAAGACAAGACGACACGUUUUAUUAUCUUAUUAUAUUAGGCUUCGAGGACAGAUGUCGUUUGUGAGACGUGGACGUCCUCAACAACACAGCAGAGACAAAAGGCCGGUUCGCUCCAGGAAAGCAGCAGCUCCCCAAAGAGACUGGGUGAGCACCGUCAAUGACCUGUCUGUGCACAAGCUGUCCCCUGCAGAGCUGAGCCAUCGUCAUGAGAUUCACAAGUCCCACAACAAGGCAGCGGCUCAGUGGGAGCUAAGAGAGAAAGCCCUACAGCGCCGUUUCAGACACACUGGGAGUCCUGCACCUCUAGACCACGCCAGCCUCAGCAUCAUCAGGGAGGUGUUCUCUGACCAGCUGCUGCUCCAGGAUGUGCUGGCUCGCUCUGACAGAGCCAUGGCAGUUGUCAAAGACUUGUUUGGAGAUGCUCCACGCAGGCAUACUGGGCACCCCAGUGUUACGAUGGCUCCAAACUGUGAGUCUGACUCAGGGCUGCCUGUUCUCCAAAGACCAGAUCCUCCAACUCAUCUUUCACUGCUCAGCCAGUCUAUGAUGGACCCACAGGCUCUUAAUGAACUUGAAGCUUCAGAGGAAGACCACAGUGAUGAGGAUGACUGUCCUACUGGCAGUUCAGACUACCAUGUGAUCCAUAGGUCCAAUGUAAGAAAAAUGAAGGCACAGUCUCGGGAUAGGGUGACACAGCGACAGAAAGUCCAUCAUCCCAACUCUGAGCCGGCAGACAGGGAUAAUGUUCCUGUAACACCCUGCACAUCAGGCGGAGCAUCAGCCCAAACAGCUCUCAAUGCCACAAUGGCUGUUCAGCGUAUUCGGUCCAGAUUAAACCAGUCAGAGGAAGUCAUGGAGGAACCGUCAGUCCUGGUUUCUCAGGUCCUGAACCCUGAGAUGCCUCUCAACCAGCCAGGCAGAAUUGGUAGUCGCACCAGCAGGAACAGGAAGUGUGUUUCUCAGAGUUCAGCGCUGGAUGGCUCCUCGGUUGCCUCUCUUAGUGGGGACCAGUCCAGUCUGGGAAUGUUGCAGUCCAUGCUGGGUCAGGUGGAGGCUGACUUGGAUACUCUGAUUCCUGCCACUGUACCAGCUUCAGCACAGAGUCAAAAGAAGGACAAAACUCAAGGCCUCACUGGAUUCUCUGUCGCCUUGGUCUCCACUCUGGGGCGUUUAGUUUACCUCCUCAAACAGAGGGAAGAGGAAGCUCAGGAAGAAGCUCGAGAGAGGAGGAGACUGGAGGAGGAGUUGAGAGAGCAGCGCAGGCUGAUUGAUGCUCUCACUGCUGAGACGAUGACUCUGAGAGAGGAGGCCACCGCUCUGCAGUCUGGGUUGGAGCAGCGGACAGCAGAGCUGGAGCAGAAGUUGGACACGGUGGUGUUGUUGAUGGGGGGACUUGGACUACUGGAGGCACACAUUGACACACCAGAAGACUCUGAUGCCUCAGCUGCAGUUUGUCAGUCUGCACCAGUUGCUCAGCGAGAUCUUGAACAACUACAAGUGUCUGUCUCUCCUGCUGUCUUGCUCUCCCCCCCGCGACAGAGAGACAACUGGCGACAGACUCCUGUGACUCAUCCUGUACCGCUGCACCAGGAACUUCCUCCUGAAGAUAUCCUGCGUUCCUGUGAGAGCGUCCACUCCCACAGCUCAGCCUCCAGCUUCACCAGCCUUCCUCUCACCAGCCUCCCAUCUUCUUCCUCAUUAUCGCUGACCCCUGACCCUCUCAGCUCACAGCUCUCUCCAGAGGCCAUGCUGGCAGAGAUCGCUCAGCUGAACAGACAGAACGACCUGAUCAGGGCCCAGCUCAGCCAGGCUAAGCGCCUCGGGUCAGGGGUCGGAGAAUCGUCUAACAGUAGCAACGAGCAGAGGAGGUUGAGCUCCGGCAGCACGGGGAGAGUCACACCCCAAAGUGUCGGAGAGAGGAGGAUGUCUGCAUCAAGCAGCGCAGGGAGGAGGAGUCGGCAUGUCCAGGCUGCUGAAGGAGAGCAGCUGAUGAAUCAGGCGACACCACCUAGCACCCUCAAUGUGAGCAGCGUGGAACAGCGCCUCCUGGAGCUAAACAGACAAAGUGCAGCAGCGAGGGGUCGCCUGCUGGAGCUCAUUGAGCAACAGAAGCAAAGUGUUACAGCCAAAGUUUCUCCCUCUAACUCGCCCAUCCCUCCCUCAGCCUUCAGCCCACAAUCAGCAGCUGGAGGAGGAAGUCCUGAGGUAUCAAUGCUUCUGCCUGAACAGGAGCUCCCGUCACAGACUGGUGGUGUUGGGAGACGAUCUGCUGGUUCUGAAGUGUCUUCUCACAGUCUUGGCGGAGAAAUGAGAGACGGCAAAACACAGACGGAGAAACGGAGAGAGAGAGAGGGGUGGUUUGCCUUGUCCGCUCAUGUGAGAUGACAAGAGGAGCAUUUAUUUAACCCAAGUUGUUAGUAUUUUUAUC